CAUGCGGCAGCCCCUGCGACACUUAAGGUGGCGCCUUCUCAGAUUCAGUUGGCUUCCUUCCGUACCUGUAGAGUUUGUCAUCACCUGCACCUGUUCAUUCGUUCACUCACUCAGCCAACAGUGCCUGAGUUCCACUCCUUAGAGAGCACUGUGUGAGAUAUGGCAAACUAAGACCGACACAGACCUUUCCCUCUGGGAACUCAUGUUCAUGGGGAAUUAGUGCAUUGUGACGCGGCCUGUGAUAGGGGACGCACACAGUAGAGGGACUGAAACUAGGUUGGGAGGUCAGGGAGGGGUUCCUGGAAAAUAUGACCAAAGCUGCGAUCUGGUUAGCCAUGCUGAGGAGAUAGCAAGAAACUUAUCAAGUAUAGGGGACAGUAUGAAUGUCCAGAAAUGAGACUGAGCACAGGCAAUUGAAGUCAUGGGAGGCUUGGAGAAAUCACCGUGUAAGAAUGAAAAGGGAGCAAAGGACAUCGUUCAGAAUUUUGAGGGAUACCAACAUUUAUAGGACUGGGAGAGGAAAAGAAUCUGGUAGCUCAGAGACCAAAAAACCUACAUUUAUGGAUGAAGAAGUUCAAAGCAUACUCACGAAAAUGACAGGCUUGAACUUGCAGAAGACUUUUAAGCCAGCUAUUCAAGAACUGAAACCACCAACCUAUAAGCUAAUGACUCAGGCACAGUUGGAAGAGGCUACAAGACAGGCAGUUGAGGCAGCUAAAGUAAGAUUAAAAAUGCCACCGGUUCUGGAAGAGCGAGUACCAAUAAACGAUGUGUUAGCUGAAGAUAGGAUUUUGGAAGGAACAGAAACAACCAAAUAUGUGUUUACUGAUAUAUCAUAUAGCAUACCACACCGGGAGCGUUUUAUUGUCGUCAGAGAACCAAGUGGCACACUACGCAAAGCCUCUUGGGAAGAACGGGACCGAAUGAUACAAAUUUAUUUCCCAAAAGAAGGUCGUAAAGUUUUGACACCAGUAAUUUUCAAGGAAGAAAAUAUUAGGACUAUGUAUAGCCAGGACAGGCAUGUUGAUGUCCUCAAUCUCUGCUUUGCCCAGUUUGAGCCAGAUUCUGCAGAGUAUAUCAAGGUUCAUCACCAGACCUAUGAGGAUAUAGAUAAACAUGGAAAAUACGACCUUUUACGUUCAACAAGAUACUUUGGUGGAAUGGUGUGGUAUUUUGUCAAUAAUAAAAGGAUUGAUGGUUUGCUGAUUGACCAGAUUCAGAGAGAUUUAAUCGAUGAUGCCAUCAGCUUGGUUCAGCUGUAUCAUAUACUCCAUCCAGACGGCCAGUCGGCUCAAGAGGCCAAGGAUCAGGCUGCUGAGGGAAUAAAUUUAAUUAAGGUCUUUGCAAAAACAGAAGCACAGAAGGGAGCAUAUAUAGAACUAACACUGCAAACUUACCAUCAAGAAGCACUCAGCCAUUCUGCAGCUUCCUGAAAAUAUUUUAAAAAUAUACUUAUUUUACUAAAUACUGACAUUUCUCUGUUAAUAUUGAGCUAAAUAUUAAAAAACGGUGAGAUUAAAAGGUA